AUGAAACUAACAUUAACUCCAUCAAAAAAAACAAAUUCAUCAACAGCUGCUGAUAUUGAUUCAUCGUCAACAUCAGAUAGUGAUGUUCGAAUUCAUGAAGGUUCAUCUUAUCAAGCUAAUAUUCCAGCGUUAGAUCCAACACCCUCACCAACUGAUCAUGAAGCUAUUCCAUUUUGGCAACCCAACGAUUCUAUUAGUGAUAAUGAUCUCAUCGAAUAUAUUGACUUUGCACGUCGUAAACAUCGUAUGAGCGAAGAACAAGCAUUAGCUGUAUUACAGAUUUGUAAAUAUAGAAUUUCUACAAGUAAAUUACUCAUGCAACAAUAUACACCAGAAAUCGAUGAAUGGACAGUCGAAGAAAAGUGUUUAUUUGAACAAGCCUAUAAAUUCUAUGGAAAAAUAUUUUCACGUAUACGACAAAUGUUACCUGAUAAAAGUGUUGGUGAUCUUGUACGAUAUUACUACUCAUGGAAAAAAACACGGUUACAUAAAAGUUUAAUGGAUAAACAUGAAAAACAAAGUCAACUAAUGCCCUACGAUGACGAUGAAGAAGAUAGUGAUGAUGAAGAAAGAAAUACAACAUCGAUCCCACUACCAACAAAAGAUUUGGAUCAUCGUGGUAAAAUGGUCACUGAUCAAACGGGUCUCGACGAACAAGAAUGUUGUAAUUGUGAAGUAACAAAUGUAAAGGAUAGUAUUGGACCUAUGCAUUCCACUCCGAAAGGCAUUCUUUGUAAUGAAUGUUUUAUUUAUUGGCAAAAUUCCGGUCUAAUGCGACCUGAAUUAUUUCCAAGUAAAUCGUCGAUUAAAAAAAUCAAGCGACCACCUAAAAAUAUGGCAGUCGAUUUGAAUAGUAUACUAGCUGUGAAUUCCUAUGAUAAUAAUCCAACAUCUAAUACCGACAAUAAUGAAAUAAUCGAUCCUAUUGACAAACUUGAAGAAGAAAUACGCCAAGAAUUAGCCGUUGUUCAAGCACAUAAUCAAACUAUUGAUCAAUUAACAAAUCAAUGUCGUGACGGCAUGGAAACAAUGCGAAUACCAUUUCUAACGUCAUCAUCGUCACCAUUCAUGAUUAAUAACUCGAAUUCCAUCACAGUAACACCAACAUCCAAUUGGACAACAGAAGAAAUCCUUUUAGCUAUACAAGCAUUUGGAAAAUAUGGAAAAGAUUUUGAUGCCGUUGCACGUAUUAUUGGACCAACAAAGGCCAUAGCAGAUGUUGAAUCAUUUUUUCUUGAAUGUCGUGAACGUUAUCAACUUGAUAUGGUCAUAGAAAUGCAUUCGAAACCAGUAACAAGUGUGCAAAGAAAGCAACCUUCAACAGCUAAUAAUGAUUUGAAUUCCAACCGAUCGAAUACAAAUGAUAUUGUCCUUUGUUAG